AUGUCCAACCUGGCCCUCGUCUUCAGCUCGGUACCCUCCGGCCGCUUCCCCCAGCCGGAAAAAGACCUGGUGGUAAAAGAGCUACCGUUACCCGACGGGGAGGGCGUGCUGGUCCGCAUCCAGCUGGCCUCUCUUGACCCCUUUCUGCGCUCGCAGCUCAGGGAACCCUCCUCCGCCUGGACCUACCAACCCGCGCUGCCCGUUGGCGAGCCACUGUGCACGAGCGCUGUAGGCACCGUCGUACGGUCCGACGCCGCCCAUGUGCUCCCCUCGGCGAGACUGGUCCCCUUGGCGCGAUAUGUCCUCCUCGAGGUGUCGGUGGCCGCUAAUCGGCGCCUGGUUGUGCCCAUCGGGCGACUUGUCAAGGCGUACAGCCUCGACGCGGGUCAUUGGCUGGGCGUUCUUGGUGUUCCGGGACUCACGGGGUUCGCCGGCCUCUAUGAAUGCGGCAGGCCCAAAGCUGGCGAGACUAUCUUUGUCAGCUCGGCGGCGGGCACGGUCGGUCUCACGGUGGCCUACUUUAGCGUGAGAGACGGGCUCCGCGUCGUGGGGUCGGCCGGCUCGACCGACAAGGCCGACUGGCUCCGGAGAACUGGCCUAUUCGACGAUGCCUUUGUCUUCGGCCGCCAGGACAACCACGAGACGGACGAGGCGUCGUUGCGCCGCGCCGCCCCAGAAGGGCUCGACCUACACUUUGCCAGCGUUGGCGGUGCCCAGUUGCGCGCCGCGGCGGCCUGCAUGAAGGUCCACGGGCGGAUCGUCGUGUGCGAUGCCAUCGACGAGUACGGCGGCGGAGGCGGCGGCGGCGGCAGCAACAACACGGGAGGCGCGGACGACGAGCCCGGAGGCGCUGCGGCACCGGAUGUUCGGUGGCUCUGGCAGCCCGUCGUCUACAAGAGGCUGACAAUCAGUGGGUUCCUCGUCACCGACCUGGCCGGCAAGUACAUGGCGAGCUUCCAGCAGCAGAUGCACGAGGGCAUAGAGAGGGACGGCGGCCUCCCAAGGAUCGCGCCGCUGCACGUAGUCCACGGGCUGGACAAGGCGGCCGAGGCGUUUGGGGAUCUUUUCCGCUGCGGCAAGGUCAUGGGCAAGCUUCUGGUCCAGCCAUCUGAUUCUUGA